CAUCUGUUUCAACUCUCCGCCGAGGGCGAGCGGGAGCGAGAGUGUGUCGGGUGAGUGUGCGUCUGUGUGUCCCGGCGAGGGUGCGCGCUCGGCGCCGGGAGCGCGGCCAGCUGGGUCCGGAGGCAUCGGGAGGCCGAGAGCCGCCGGGACCCCAGCUCUGCGUUCACUGCCCCGUCCGGAGCUGGACUUCGGGGCCGGGGCCGUGCGCCGGGGACAGGCAGGGCUGGGUCGCAGGCAGCGCGUCCCCCGAGCCGGAGAUCUGCGAGUGAAGAGGGACUUGGGAAAAGAAACAAAGCCACAGACGCAACUUCAGACUCCGGCAUCCCAAAAGAAGCACCAGAUCGGCAAAAAAAAGAAGAUGGGCCCCCCGAGCCUCGUGCUGGGCUUGCUGUCUGCAACUGUGUUCUCCCUGCUGGGUGGAAGCUCGGCCUUCCUGUCGCACCACCGCCUGAAAGGCAGGUUUCAGAGGGACCGCAGGAACAUCCGCCCCAACAUCAUCCUGGUGCUGACGGACGACCAGGACGUGGAGCUGGGUUCCAUGCAGGUGAUGAACAAGACCCGGCGCAUCAUGGAGCAGGGUGGGGCGCACUUCAUCAACGCCUUCGUGACCACGCCCAUGUGCUGCCCCUCGCGCUCCUCCAUCCUCACCGGCAAGUACGUCCACAACCACAACACCUACACCAACAACGAGAACUGCUCCUCGCCCUCCUGGCAGGCACAGCACGAGAGCCGCACCUUCGCCGUGUACCUCAAUAGCACCGGCUACCGGACAGCUUUCUUCGGGAAGUAUCUUAAUGAAUACAACGGCUCCUACGUGCCUCCCGGCUGGAAAGAGUGGGUCGGACUCCUUAAAAACUCCCGCUUUUAUAACUACACGCUGUGUCGGAACGGGGUGAAAGAGAAGCACGGCUCCGACUACUCCAAGGAUUACCUCACAGACCUCAUCACCAAUGACAGCGUGAGCUUCUUCCGCACGUCCAAGAAGAUGUACCCGCACAGGCCAGUCCUCAUGGUCAUCAGCCACGCAGCCCCCCACGGCCCUGAAGAUUCAGCCCCACAAUAUUCACGCCUCUUCCCAAACGCAUCUCAGCACAUCACGCCAAGCUACAACUACGCACCCAACCCGGACAAACACUGGAUCAUGCGCUACACGGGGCCCAUGAAGCCCAUCCACAUGGAAUUCACCAACAUGCUCCAGCGGAAGCGCUUGCAGACCCUCAUGUCAGUGGACGACUCCAUGGAGACGAUUUACAACAUGCUGGUUGAGACGGGCGAGCUGGACAACACGUACAUCGUGUACACCGCCGACCACGGCUACCACAUCGGCCAGUUUGGCCUGGUGAAAGGGAAAUCCAUGCCGUAUGAGUUUGACAUCAGGGUCCCGUUCUAUGUGAGGGGCCCCAACGUGGAAGCUGGCUCUCUGAAUCCCCACAUCGUCCUCAACAUUGACCUGGCCCCCACCAUCCUGGACAUUGCAGGCCUGGACAUACCCGCAGAUAUGGACGGAAAAUCCAUCCUCAAGCUGCUGGACACGGAGCGGCCGGUGAAUCGGUUUCACUUGAAAAAGAAGAUGAGGGUCUGGCGGGACUCCUUCCUGGUGGAGAGAGGCAAACUGCUACACAAGAGAGACAACGACAAGGUGGAUGCCCAGGAGGAGAACUUUUUGCCCAAGUACCAGCGUGUGAAGGACCUGUGUCAGCGCGCUGAGUACCAGACGGCGUGUGAGCAGCUGGGACAGAAGUGGCAGUGUGUGGAGGACGCCACGGGGAAGCUGAAGCUGCAUAAGUGCAAGGGCCCCAUGCGGCUGGGCGGCGGCAGAGCCCUCUCCAACCUCGUACCCAAGUACUACAGGCAGGGCAGUGAGGCCUGCACCUGUGACAGCGGGGACUACAAGCUCAGCCUGGCUGGACGCCGGAAAAAGCUCUUCAAGAAGAAGUACAAGGCCAGCUACGUCCGCAGUCGCUCUAUCCGCUCAGUGGCCGUCGAGGUGGACGGCAGGGUGUAUCACGUAGGCCUGGGUGAUGCCGCCCAGCCCCGAAACCUCACCAAGAGGCACUGGCCAGGGGCCCCUGAGGACCAAGAUGACAAGGAUGGGGACUUCAGUGGCACUGGAGGCCUUCCCGACUACUCAGCCGCAAACCCCAUUAAAGUGACACAUCGCAGGUGCUACAUCCUAGAGAAUGACACAGUCCAGUGUGACCUGGACCUGUACAAGUCCCUACAGGCCUGGAAAGACCACAAGCUGCACAUCGACCACGAGAUUGAAACCCUGCAGAACAAAAUUAAGAACCUGAGGGAAGUCCGAGGUCACCUGAAGAAAAAGCGGCCAGAAGAAUGUGACUGUCACAAAAUCAGCUACCACACCCAGCAUAAAGGCCGCCUCAAGCACAAAGGCUCCAGUCUGCAUCCUUUCAGGAAGGGCCUGCAAGAGAAGGACAAGGUGUGGCUGUUGCGGGAGCAGAAGCGCAAGAAGAAACUCCGCAAGCUGCUCAAGCGCCUGCAGAACAACGACACGUGCAGCAUGCCAGGCCUCACAUGCUUCACCCACGACAACCAGCACUGGCAGACGGCGCCUUUCUGGACACUGGGGCCUUUCUGUGCCUGCACCAGCGCCAACAAUAACACGUACUGGUGCAUGAGGACCAUCAAUGAGACUCACAAUUUCCUCUUCUGUGAAUUUGCAACUGGCUUCCUGGAGUACUUUGAUCUCAACACAGACCCCUACCAGCUGAUGAACGCAGUGAACACACUGGACAGGGAUGUCCUCAACCAGCUACACGUACAGCUCAUGGAGCUGAGGAGCUGCAAGGGUUACAAGCAGUGUAACCCCCGGACUCGAAACAUGGACCUGGGACUUAAAGAUGGAGGAAGCUAUGAGCAAUACAGGCAGUUUCAGCGUCGAAAGUGGCCAGAAAUGAAGAGACCUUCUUCCAAAUCACUGGGACAACUGUGGGAAGGCUGGGAAGGUUAAGAAACAACAGAGGUGGACCUCCAAAAACACAGAGGCAUCACCUGACUGCACAGGCAAUGAAAAACCAUGUGGGUGAUUUCCAGCAGACCUGUGCUAUUGGCCAGGAGGCCUGAGAAAGCAGGCACUCACUCUCAGUCAACAUGGCAGAUUCUGGAGGAUAACCAGCAGGAGCAGAGAGAACUUCAGGAAGUCCAUUUUUGCCCCUGCUUUUGCUUUGGAUUAUACCUCACCAGCUGCACAAAAUGCAUUUUUUCGUAUCAAAAAGUCACCACUAACCCUCCCCCAGAAGCUCACAAAGGAAAACGAAGAGAGAGAGAGCAAGAGAGAUUUCCUUGGAAAUUUCCCCCAAGGGCGAAAGUCAUUGGAAUUUUUAAAUCUUAGGGGAAAAGCAGUCCUGUUCUAAAUCCUCUUAUUCUUUUGGUUUGUCACAAAGAAAGAACUAAGAAGCAGGACAGAGGCAACGUGGAGAGGCUGAAAACAGUGCAGAGACGUUUGACAAUGAGUCAGUCGCACAAAAGAGAUGACAUUUACCUAGCACUAUAAACCCUGGUUGCCUCUGAAGAAACUGCCUUCAUUGUAUAUAUGUGACUAUUUACAUGUAACCAACAUGGGAACUUUUAGGGGAACCUAAUAAGAAAUCCCAAUUUUCAGGAGUGGUGGUGUCAAUAAACGCUGUGUGGCCAGUGUAAAAGAAAAUUCCUCACAGUUGUGGACAUUUCUGUUCCUGUCCAGAUACCAUUUCUCCUAGUAUUUCUUUGUUAUGUCCCAGAACAGAUGUUUUUUUUUUUUUAAGGUACUGAAAAGAAAUGAAGUUAGUUGAUGUAUGUCCCAAGUUUUGAUGAAACUGUAUUUGUAAAAAAAAUUUUGUAGUAUAAAAGUAUUGUCAUACAGUGUUCAAAACCCCAGCCAAUGACCAGCAGUUGGUAUGAAGAAACCUUUGACAUUUUGUAAAAGGCCAUUUCUUGGGA